AUGCUUGACCUGUCUAACCCCCGACAGGAGCCAGCUCAGCGCUCACACUGGUGUGUAUCCUCGUUCUGGAGGAAAUCAAGUAUACUCACUCACUUCUCAGGUGUCGAGCGAGAAAUGAAUGUAUGUCAUACGCAGCCUCACCUAGUGCCGCCAAUGAAGCUGGUGGUCUAUGAGGACCUCCUUAGCCCAAAUGUCCGUCAACAUCGCAAUUCACUGUCGUCAUGGUUGAACGAAAGCCGAAACCUGGCCUCGCGAGCCUCAACUCGAGCGAGUAUGCCUAUGAAAAGAUCAUCGACCAUGCCGCUGAAAAUCAGCGCACCUUCGGACUUUCGCAGAGUACAAUCAUUUCAGUCUCCCGCAUCCUAUGAGCGACAGGCCGUGCAGCCGGCCAGAAAUUACCAACCGCUAGAUCUCCGCAUACAUCGAUCAGGUAAUCGAUUGUCGGACCUCCCUUCUUUCGACUCUUUCCAACUGAAUGAGAGUCCUCAGCGCAUGACGCUACCGGCCCCACCGAGAGCCCUAACCCCCACCAGCGUCCGCGAUCGACGCUGUCAAACAACGUUCGUGGUCUCUCGCAAGCCAGUUGGGUCAGUUGAUCGCCGUUCGCUGGGUAACUCUGUGUCUACCAAGGAGCCAGUCCGAAUCAGCAGCGGCCUGGUCCCGCACUUCUCUACGGUCACCCCUGUAGAGAUUCCCGUUGAAGAGGUUCAGGCAACAUCUCCAUCCCCCAAGUCAAUCCCACGAGGCAGUACACUGAGUUUAAGCACGCCAUGGCCGAGCCAAGGGGGUGACGAUACUCAACCUUGGGGAAGAGUCCCUCGGACACCUCCCUCAUCAAGGAGCCUGCACAUGGACUCAGCGACCGCCUCACCCUCGAAGUACUCCCCGACUUCCAAAAACUCGCCUUCAUCCGCGAGUUCCCAUUCCUUGCCUACCAUGAUCUCUUCUCGUCGUCCCUCUCUUCCAUUCUCCGACCGAAACACAUUCCCCCCACCCCAUCCUCCGGUUUCCAACCGCGUCACCGACUGGAUAUUUUCCGCGGACAAACCCACCAAGACCCCUCCUGAAGACUUCAACUGGGAAAGAGCCCGCACUCUUAGCGGUACGACAGUCGCAUCAACUUCUACUGUCACCGGCAGAGCCCGAAACAACGGUUCCAUCUCAACCGUCUUCUCCAGUGCCAUGACUCCACGCACAUCAUUCUCAUUCCACCCCUCGCCCCCGGAGAAAGAUGUGGACGCUACUCUCUGCCAACCAACUAUCUUUGAAGGCCAGCAGCAUGAGGAUCCCUUCUGUGGAUACCGGGGUAUCGAUCAAACGCGCCUGGAAUCUGGCAUCGGAUUGGCGUUUUGA